AUGUCACCCUACCGCCUGGUAUUUGGCAAGGCAUGUCACCUGCUGGUUGAGCUGGAACAUCGAGCCUAUUGGGCACUUAAAAGGUUGAAUCGGGAUAUGAAAUUGGCCAGUAACCAGCGUUUGCUACAACUUGAUAAAUUGAAAGAAUUCUGGAAUGAUGCUUAUGAAAAUGUAAAAAUAUACAAGGAGCGAAUGAAAGUAUGGCAUGACAAGAGGAUCUUUAUGAGAGAAUUCAAGCCGGGAGAACGAGUUUUUCUAUUCAACUCUCACCUGAAAUUAUUUCCAAGAAAGCUUAGAUCACGGUGGUCAGGGCCAUUCGUAGUACAUAAAGUUUUUCCUUACGAUUCUGUGGAAUUGGUGAGUAAGAAUGGAACGUCUUUUCAGGCAAAUGGUCAACACCUCAAACAUUAUUAUGGAGAUGAAGAUCGAUAUGUGGAAAAAAUUGCUCUCAAAGAAUCAAAUUAA